UUACAUCACCUUACCCCUGCCCAGCGGCAGGGCACUAUAAAGCGAGGCCGUGCCGCCCGGCGCAGCAGCCUCUCUUGUGCCCGAGCGCAGCGUCCUGCCGCCAUGAGCUUCACCGGCAAGUACGAGCUCCAGUCCCAGGAGAACUUUGAGCCCUUCAUGAAAGCCCUUGGACUUCCUGAUGACCAGAUCCAGAAGGGCAAGGACAUCAAGAGCAUCUCAGAGAUUGUGCAGGACGGGAAGAAGUUCAAGAUUACUGUGACCACUGGCUCCAAAGUGCUGAAAAAUGAGUUCACCAUCGGGGAGGAGUGCGAUAUGGAGCUGCUGACGGGAGAGAAAGUCAAGGCUGUUGUUCAGAUGGAGGGGAACAACAAGCUGGUGACAAGCUUGAAAGGGCUGAAGUCUGUCACCGAGCUCAAUGGAGACACCAUCACUCAUACAAUGACCAUGGGUGACCUGACCUACAAGAGAAUCAGCAAGAGAAUCUAGAAGCCCUGCACACAGCACUCACCUCACUGUGUAAAAUGUCUCCAUUAAAGCCAACUUUGUACUAAA